GGGGGCUGGGGCUGGGGGCAGCCAGUGUGUGAGUGGGACAGACCUGGGCAGCUCCUCUGGUGAGAGCCAAACCACUGACCAGAGAUUUCAAUCUUCCACCAGAGGAGAGGAUUUGUGUUUCUAUCAAAAAGGGGGAGAAACAAACAUCCAUCUCUACAGUAAAUAGCUAUAGAUAAGAUAAGAGCAGUCAGUCUGCUCAUCUCUGCUCAUCUCUGCUCAUCUCUCCCUCUCUCUCACCAUAUCUGAUGGGAACAUAUCAGAUGUAAUGAAUAUCACACAUUAUCUUCUCAAUUGAAGCAUUCCUCUCUCUCUCUCUCUCUCUCCAGUGAAGGUGAUCGUAUGAUGCGAUCGACAUUCAGGAUAAGAGAAUCAUUUGCCCAUUCCAUGACAAUCAGGGAGAUCUCGAUUCUCCAGUGAAGACCCACAACAUGAAGACUCCAGGCGUCUCUUGUGUGUCUCGAGUCCUCCUGCUUCACCUCUUCCUCCAGAAUGUGUUGCUGACACCCAGUUAUUCCACAGGUUCAAACAAGGAGAUCGCAAUCGAAGGAGAUCUGGUGAUUGGAGGUUUGUUCCCAGUCCACGAAAAAGGCAAUGGUUUGGAAGACUGUGGCAGAAUCAAUGAGCAAAGGGGUAAGCGGCUGGAAGCUAUGCUCUUUGCUCUGGAUGAGAUCAAUAAGGACCCCGCUAUCUUGCCCGGCAUCAAGCUCGGAGCCCAUAUCUUAGACACUUGUUCAAAGGACACGUAUGCUCUGGAGCAGUCCCUGGACUUUGUCAGGUCCUCCCUAACUAAAGUGGACGAGACAGAGUACAUAUGCCCAGAUGGGUCGUAUGCCAUCCACGAUGAGAUGCCGUUUGCAAUAACAGGCGUCAUUGGGGGAUCCUACAGCGAUGUGUCUAUUCAGGUGGCCAACUUGCUUCGCCUGUUCCAGAUUCCCCAGAUAAGCUACGCCUCCACCAGCGCCAAGCUGAGCGACAAAUCACGUUACGAUUACUUUGCUCGGACUGUCCCUCCGGAUUUCUACCAGGCCAAAGCCAUGUCUGACAUCCUGCGUUUCUUCAACUGGACGUACGUCUCCACGGUGGCGUCAGAGGGCGAUUACGGGGAGACCGGCAUCGAAGCCUUCGAAUACGAGGCUCGAUCGAGAAACAUCUGCAUCGCCACCUCCGAGAAAGUGGGACGCUCCAUGAACAAAAAGACCUACGAUGCGGUCAUCAGGGCCUUGAUGCAGAAACCCAACGCCAAGGUCGUGGUCUUGUUCACCAAGAGCGAGGACGCUCGCGAGCUGCUGGCCGCCUCUCACCGGCUCAACGCCUCCUUCCUGUGGGUGGCCAGCGACGGCUGGGGAGCCCUGGAGAACGUGGUCAAAGGCAACGAGCGGGUAGCAGAAGGUGCGUUGACUAUCGAGCUGUCGGCCUACCCCAUCAGGGAGUUCGCCAGGUAUUUUGUUAACCUGGAGCCGUACAACAACAGCAGGAACUCGUGGUUUCGGGAGUUUUGGGAGCAGAGGUUCCACUGCAGCCUCCAAACCCUGCGCUGCGAGAGGUACUCUCUGAAGAAAGGCAAGUUCGAGCAGGAGUCAAAGAUCAUGUUUGUGGUCAAUGCCGUCUACGCCAUGGCUCACGCCUUGCACAACAUGCAAAGGGCCCUGUGUCCCAACACGACCAAGAUCUGUGAGAACAUGAGGCCGGUGAAUGGGAAGAAGUUUUACAAGGACUACAUCCUAAAGGUUCAGUUUGAUGCUCCGUUCAGACCGCAAGACACAUCCAGUGAAGUCCGAUUCGACAAGUACGGCGACGGGAUCGGCCACUACAACAUCUUCAACUUCCAGUCGGUGAACGGCAAGUUCAGCUACCGGAAGGUGGGCUACUGGGGGGAAGACCUGACCCUGAGCACGGACUUCAUUCCCUGGGCCAAAUCCUCCACGCCCACCUCCCAGUGCAGCGACCCCUGCGCCAAGAACGAGGCGAAGAGCAUGCAACCGGGUGACGUGUGCUGCUGGAUCUGCAUCGCUUGCCAACCCUACGAGUUUCUGAUCGACGAGUUCACGUGCUCGGACUGUGGACGCGGGCGGUGGCCGAACCCGGAGCUGAGUGGCUGCUACGAUCUCCCCGAGGAGUACAUCAAGUGGGAGGACGCUUGGGCCAUCGGGCCCAUCACCAUCUCCUGCCUGGGCAUCCUCUGCACCCUCUGCGUGUUCGGUCUCUUCAUCAAAAACAACGACACGCCGGUGGUGAAGGCCUCGGGCCGGGAGCUUUGCUACAUCCUCCUGAUCGGGGUCCUGCUGUGCUACAGCAUGACGCUGAUCUUCAUUGGCAAGCCCUCCGCCGUGGUCUGCACCCUGAGGCGCCUGGGCCUGGGCUCAUCCUUUGCGGUCUGUUACUCCGCGCUCCUCACCAAGACCAACCGCAUCGCCAGAAUCUUCAACGGCGUCAACGACGGGACCCAGAGGCCCCGGUUCAUCAGCCCGACCUCCCAAGUGGUGAUCUGCCUGGCGCUGAUCUCCUGCCAGCUCAUCAUCGUGAUCGUCUGGCUGCUGGUGGAGACUCCGGGCUCCAGGAAGGAGACAACACCCGACAAGAGAGAUAUCGUCACGCUGAAAUGUAACACCAAGGAAUCCAGCAUGCUCGUCUCGCUCACCUACAACGUGGUCCUGAUUGUCCUCUGCACCGUCUACGCCUUCAAGACAAGGAAGUGCCCUGAGAACUUCAACGAAGCCAAGUUUAUCGGGUUCACCAUGUACACCACGUGUAUUAUCUGGCUGGCCUUCCUGCCAAUCUUCUACGUCACCUCCAGUGACUACAGGGUUCAAACCACCACCAUGUGUAUCUCUGUCAGUCUGAGUGGUACUGUGGUUCUGGGCUGUCUGUUUGCUCCCAAAAUACACAUCAUUCUCUUCCAACCCCAGAAAAACGUGGUCAGUCACCGAGUGGCAACCAAUCGCUUCAAUACAACUCAAUCAGGAACCAUUCAAUCUCACGCUUCUGCUGUGCACUAUGUGCCAACAGUUUGCAAUGGACGAGAGAUCGUAGACUCCACAACAUCAUCAUUAUGAGUAUUAUAAGGACGCCUGCCACAUACACCCACCCACCCGCCCAU